UCUCGGAUACUCCCUUGAAGAGGGUACCGGUUGGAUCCCGUCGACGGCAGUGGCUGCCGUUUUCUAAGUCAACUAGUGCCGGGAUCCACACUCGCCUCUAUUCCCAUCGGCAGACUUUCCCUCAUCUAGAACUCUUCUCGCUACAAACUGGGAGAAAUAGCCGGAUGAUGGAGGGUAAAGGUGGAGGGUCUAGCUGGCGCACUGCACUUUUUGAUGCGGAGAGCUCUUUUCGGGGUGUCGUGAAGGGGUGUCAGUGCAGAGUCUACGACGGAUGCCUGCUACAUGUCUGUAUGCAGUAUGUGAUCACUAGAUAG